AUGAUGUUCCGAGCAAAUGCUUUACGAUCCGCUUUGUACCGAUUGACAGUUCAAAGCCGGGAAAAGUCGUCUACGGUAGUGGCAGCGACUAGCCGAGGUGGUGCGAUCCCGGCUAAUGUCUUGCGUGGGUGGUACAAUACCUUCGGCAAGUCUACCGCAAUGUAUGGCACUUGGCUAAUCAUGUUUAUUGUGAUUGGGGAGUACGUGAGUGGAAAGGCCACGGACGGAGUCUGGACCAUGAACAACUACGGCAAGACGUUUACGACAAUGGAUUGGAGCAAAUUUGACGAAUUUGAGGAAGAUGAAGAAGAGGAGGAGGACGAAGACGACGAUGAUGAUGAAGAGUGA